CAUAACCCAACUUUUAGCAAAUAUCUAAACUUUAUUUAUUUUGUUUGCGAAUUGCAAAUUGUAAUUUAAAAACAAAAUGAUUCAAAGAAUUAAUACAAUAAAAUUAUUUAAACAUCUUUAUACAUCACCAACCGUCAACUCAUUAAUAAUAAGACAUGCUGUCACUGCCAGACCACAAAUUGAACAGAAUGAAAAAGAAAAGUGGUCAGAAAUCUACCGACUUCCCUUGAUUCGAUUAGCAUCAGCUUUUAACAAACUCAAAGUAUAUCAAGCUAUUGUAACAGCUAUAGGCACACCUACCGUAAUUGCUCUGGAACAAGCCGGACAUCUAGAUCCAAAUUUUGGACUUGCUUUUGGGACAUUAGGAAUCACUGGAGUACUAACGUUGAGUGUGUGUAGCUUGCCAAUUCGACAGCUUAUAGGGUUUAUUUAUAUCAACGAAAAAGACGACAAAAUAAAACUAGGAUACGUCGAUUUUUGGGGCAGAAGGCAGCACCAUGUAAUGGAUGUUCAAGACAUUCUCCCUCCGUGGGAGAUGCCUGAACGUAAAAUAAACCUCAAGAUUCUGGAUGAAAUAAACCUUUAUCAAUCAGUAAUCAAUCGACAAGACGAAUCACAAUCAUUUAAACUUCUUAACCGCUUUGGAGUUGUUCGUGAACCUGAAAGAUAUAUUAGAGUAUUUGGAGACGGAUAUGUUUAAGUUUUUCUUUUUUUUAUUUUGUCAAACAAAAUAAAGUAGUAACAAAUCAGAGACAAAUUAAA